AUGUGUGAUGAUGAUCUUUCCGAAGAUGAUUAUUUGAAAUUCGUUAUUGAAAAAUUACAUAUACAUUGGUUGGAAGAUAAUUCAUAUUGUCUUAGAAUGAAUCAUUUUACAUAUCGACAAGGAGAAGAAUAUCAACAUAUUCAAAUGUCAAUUGGUGAUCCAAAGACUAAAAAAUAUAGAGAUGAUCAUACACUAUUAAUUGAACGACUAUUAUUUUGA